AUGUUUGUUGUAAUCAUCUCCACGCGAAAGAAUUCUCUUCUCGAGUCUAUCGAGGGCAACGAGAAGGCUUCACAGGAACUACCGAGCCCUCUGGUUCUUGCAGACUACAGCAACGAGGAACUCAAGCAGCUCACUGUGCGUAUGAUACAGAAAAGGGGCAUGUCGGUUGAGGGUGGGUUCGAAGAUCGCAGCCUUCGUGCCUUGGUGCAGCGAGUGGCACGAGAGCGGAAGUCGAAAUCGUUUUCCAACGUUCACCGCCUAGAAGAAGAACUGGAAAAGGCAUGCCCAAGACGAAGUCUUCGGCUGCAGAAAGAAUACGCUCAAUGGCUCAGGAAUGUUUCGACUGGAGGAUCUCGACCGGUAAAUUUUCCGCGACGAGAACUGGAAGACGGAGAGGACCUCAAUGAUCGCAGGCUUGUCGACUCAACCAAUGGUCAAAAAAAGAUACUAAAGUCAGAGGACCUUCUAGGUACAGAGCCGAAAGAUCUGAGAAACGAUAACGAGUCAUGGAAGAAGCUUCAGGAUAUGAUAGGGCUCGAAAAGGUCAAGAGUGAAUGCGGCGAUAUCAUCGACUAUGCCCAGAUCAACUACCGCCGAGAGCUUCAAGGUAUGGAACCGCUCAAGAUUGGUCUUAACCGAGUGUUCCUCGGGCCACCUGGCGUAGGUAAAACGACUGUUGCGCAGCUUUACGGCCAGAUACUCAUCGAUCUUGGCCUCGUUUCCGGAAAGAAGAUCAUGUUGCGAAACCCAUCCCACUUGAUCGGCGCAUAUAUAGGACACUCCGAAAAAAUGACCAUGGGCGUCUUGAAAGAAGCUCGAGGGAAUGUGCUGAUCAUUGAUGAUGCACAUAUGCUCUAUCCUGGAGCCCAGGACGCCGGUCACAAGACGGACGUCUUUCGCAUCGCCGUCCUCGACACCCUCGUUGCGAAUGUGUCCGCCGAACCAGAGGACAGGUGCAUCAUCCUGGUUGGUUACGACUAUCAAAUGGGACAACUGUUCAACAACAGUAACCCUGGGCUCCAGCGACGUUUCCCCAAGGAGACUGCGUUGCGGUUCGACACCUACAGCGAGGAUGAGCUGUGCCAGAUCAUGGAUCUGAAAGUCGACAAAAGUGGCCUCGAGAUGUCAAAGGACGCUGCGGCGGUGUCUAGACAAGUCUUGAGCCGCAUGCGUAUCAACCCCAAGUUCGGGAACGCGGGCGACGUCGAGAAUCUACUCAACCAGGCAAAAGUCCGCAUCAACGCACGAAUCACGUCCGCAUCGCGUGAAUCAGGGUCUGUAGAUGUUGUCAUAGAGCCUGGCGACAUUGACCCACACUGGGACCGGGAAUCGCAAGCUGGCAAAAGCCGCGCUACGCUCUUUGAAGGCUUCGUCGGAUUCAACAGGAUCGUUGAGCAAUUUGAAGGCUAUCAGAACUUAGUCGCUGGCAUGCGGCUUUACGACAUAGACCCCAGACCUCACAUUCCGUGGACCUUCAUUUUCAAGGGGCCACCAGGCACUGGCAAGACUUCAACCGCGCGAAAAAAGGAGGUUGUGACCUGUUCGGUCAGUGAUCUUGUUGGAAAGCACGUGGGAGAAACGGGACCGAAAGUUCUCAAUACUCUCGAGACUGGCCUCGGAAAGGUCUUGUUCAUCGACGAAGCCUAUCGGCUUGCGAACGAUUCCGAGUUCCAUGUAGAGGCUAUCGGCGAGCUAGUCGAUGCAAUGACCCAAGUGCGCUACAGAAACAAUAUGGUUAUAAUAUUGGCAGGGUAUACCGUCGAGAUGGACUUUCUCCUACAGGUCAAUCCUGGAUUGCGUAGUAGAUUCCCAGAACAGGUUGUAUUCCAGCCUAUGAGCCCACACGCAUGUCUGAGGCAUCUGAGGCAAGAGGUCCAGAAGCUCAAGAUCAACAUUCUGGGAGCAAGAGUAGCAAACGAUGGCAAGUUGGAGACGGUCUACCGUCUCUUCAAAAAGCUCAGCCUAACGAGGGGAUGGGCCAGUGGCCGUGACGUUGAGACUUUGGCCAAGACCAUCGUAGGCAACGCGUACAAGAGGGCGGGAAGAGCGAAGAAGAAGCAGGACAUGGACUCGCUGCAAGUCACUUUAGAUGAAGUUAUCGAAGCGCAAAAAGGGAUGCUGGCGGAACGCCUGGGACGAAUCAGCGAUGAGGCGGAGGAUUAG